AUGAUGGCAACACGUCAGACUAGUCUGCCUGAAGGAGAUGGUGACAAGCUCAAGGCCAACGGGUUCCCCGCCUGUGAGGUAUCAAAAAAUAAAGAUGGAAAAGAACGAAAUGAAACUGUAUCAUCAUCCGAAGAUGAAACAUUCUCCUGGCCAGGUUCCAAAACAGUUAUGUUGAAAAGAACAUCUCAAGGCUUUGGUUUUACAUUGAGGCAUUUUAUUGUUUAUCCUCGGGAGUCUGCAAUUCAGUUUUCAUAUAAGGAUGAAGAAAAUGGAAACCGAGGAGGAAAAGAAAGAAACCACUUGGAACCAAUGGAUACCAUAUUCCUUAAACAAAUUAAAGAAGGUGGACCUGCGUUUGAAACAGGAUUACCCACAGGUAAUAGAAUCAUUAAAGUCAACGGAGAAAGUGUUAUCGGGAAGACCUAUACCCAAGUAACUGCCCUAAUUCAGAACAGUGGUACAACACUGGAAUUUGGUGUGAUGCCAAAAGAUGAAGAUAUUCUCCAAGUGGCAUAUUCACAAGAUGCCUACCUGAAAGGCAACGAAGCCUACAGUAGCAAUGCCCAUAACAUACCUGAGCCUUCACCAAUUUGCUAUCCCUGGCUGCCACCUGCCCCUUCAGCCAUGGCACAACCAGUUGAAGUGUCUCCUCCAGGCUCAUCAUUGAACAAGCAACAAACCACAACACCAGUCCUGACACAACCUGGCAGAGCCUAUAGAAUGGAAAUACUGCCUCCAUCACCAACAGAUGCUGCAAAAUCAAACACAGCAGUGUAUGUUUGCAAUGAAAGUAUAAGAACUGUCAUUAUGCCUUCUGAGAAUGUUGUAGACUUUUUACCCAAUAGAAACAACCACACAGGUCCUUCACAUAGAACUGAAGAAGUGAAAUAUGGUGUAAAUAAGCAGACCUCUUUAAAGACAGUGUCAAGAACCAUAUCACCAUCAAUUCCUACUGCCCAUCUAAUUCAUCAGACUACAGGCUCCAGAUCAUUGGAACCUUCUGGAAUUUUACUUAAGUCUGGAAAUUACAGUGGACAUUCAGAAGGAAUCUCAAGCAGUAGACCUCAAGCUGUGGAUUCUCCUGCUAUAUGUGUUAAUCACUAUUCUCCAAAUUCCCAUCAACACAUAGACUGGAAAAACUGUGAAACUUACAGGUAUAUUGAUAACACACGAUUGCACAUAUGUUGUCAGACAAUUCAAGAAAGGUUGGAUAGUUUAAGGGCAGCAUCUCAGAACACGACAGAGUAUAACCAAGUAGUACCCACCAGCACUACUUUGCAGGUACAACAUCGAAGCACCUCCCAUGAUAGAGUUCCCCGGUCUGUUCAGAUCGGACAACGCAGUGUGUCCCAGGAAAGACUGGAGGAUUCUGUGCUAAUGAAGUAUUGUCCAAGAAGUGCCUCUCAAGGAGCACUGAUAUCCCCAUCUGUUAGUUUUAGCAAUCAUAGAAUUCAUUCAUGGGAUUACAUUGAGGGACAAGGUGAAACCUUAGAAAAUGUUAAUUCUGAAAAUAAAAUACCUAAAUCAAAUGGGGAAUAAAAAUAGAUAUAUAAGUGGAGUGGGUUUACUGAACAGGAUGAUAGACGAGGCAUUUAUGAAAGAUCCAGGCAGCAAGAAAUUCAUAAACCUUUUCGAGGUUCAAAUUUGACAGUGGCCUCAAGUGUUGUUAAUUCUGAUAAUAGGCGUAUCAGUGGUAGAGGAGUGGGGUCUGUGUCACAGUUUAAAAAAAUUCCACCAGAUUUAAAAACGCUGCCAUCCAACAGAACUUUUCCAACUGCUAGGGGCAUGUCACUGCUUCACGGCAUCUCAAAGGACAUGUCCCCUCUUGUGAAAGCCUGAAGUAAUUCUCUGAAAGUGCCUUCUACACACAUUGCAAAACCGCUAUUUAGCAAGAAUUCAUUGGUUUCUGUCAAAGACCAAAGACCAGUAAAUCGUUUGCAUCAAAACAGUGUUUUCAACCAGCAGACCUGGUUCAGGACUGAAAGUGCUCUUGAUCACCAAGGGGAGACUGGGGAGUCUUCCCCAUCAUGUGGAGCUUCUGUGAAGCCUGGCCCUCACCUGAGUGAGAGCUCAGGCACUGCAGAUUUAGAAUUACCUGCCAGUCAAAGGAACCAAGAUGCAAAUUUACAAGAGGCUGAUAUUCACCAGUCAGAUGCUUUAGAUAAUAAAGAAACUGUCAUCCUAAGAGAAAAGCCUCCAUCUGGCCACCAAACCCCACAGCCUUUAAGGCACCAGUCCUGCAUCUUGACCGUGAAUGACCAGGAGACUGGGUCUGACACUGUCUUGAAGAUAGCAAAUACCAGCCCGCCUGGUGAUUCCUUGGCUUCCAUCCCAUUUAUAGAUGAACCAACUAGCCCUAGCCUUGACCAUGAUAUUGCACACAUCCCUGCCUCUGCUGUCAUCUUGACCUCUGCCUCCCAAGUCCCCCCCACAGCAACAGUUCCUCCCAGCCUCACCACUUCAGCCCCUGUAAUUCGACACCAGCUCUCUCAUGACCAAGAAUCUGUGGGACCUCCUAGCCUGAACGCCCAGCCCAGCUCAAAGACAGAAAGAUCAAAAUCAUUUGAUGAAUGUCUGGAUGAUUAUAGAGAAGAUGCAAAAUUAUCCUUCAAGCAUGUAUCUAGCCUGAAAGGAAUCAAGAUAAUGGACAGCCAGAAGUCAUCAGAAGACUCCAGGUCCAGGAAAGGUUCUUCCUCAGAGGUUUUCAGUGAUGCUGCCAAGGAAGGGUGGCUCCAGUUCCGACCACUCAUCACUGAUAAGGGAAAGCAAGUUGGUGGAAGUAUUCGGUCCUGGAAACAGAUGUAUGUUGUACUUUGAGGCCACUCACUCUACUUGUACAAAGAUAAAAGAGAGCAAACAACUCUGUCUGAGGAAGAGCAGCCCACUAGCGUUAAUGCCUGCCUAACAGACAUUUCUUACAGUGAGACCAAGAGGAAAAACGUGUUUCGACUUACCACAUCCGACUGCGAGUGCCUGUUUCAGGCCAAGGACAGAGACGACACGUUAGCCUGGAUUAAGACUAUCCAGGAAAAUAGCAACCUAAAUGAAGAGGACACUGGAGUUACUAGCAGAGAUCUCAUUAGCCAAAGAAUAAAAGAAUAUAACAGUUUGAUGAGCAAAGCAGAGCAGUUGCCAAAAACACCUCACCAGAGUCUCAGCAUCAGGCAAAGUUUGCCUGGUGGUAAAUCAGAGACAAAGACUCAAAGCCCACACUCCCUAAAGGAAGAGUCAAAAAGGGAACUUCUCAGUAAAGAUGAUAUCAGUCCCCCAAAAGACAGAGGCACAUGGAGGAAAGGCAUUCCAAGUAUCAUGAGAAAGACGUUUGAAAAAAAGCCUGCUGCUACAGGAACAUUCGGUGUCAGACUGGAUGACUGCCCACCAGCUCAUACUAAUCGGUAUAUUCCAUUAAUAGUUGACAUAUGUUGCAAAUUAGUUGAAGAAUGAGGUCUUGAAUAUACAGGUAUUUACAGAGUUCCUGGAAAUAAUGCAGGGAUUUCAAGUAUGCAAGAAAAACUCAAAAAGGAAAUGGCUGACGUUGAUAACCAAGAUGAUAAAUGACAGGAUUUGAAUGUGAUAAGCAGUUUACUAAAACCCUUCUUCAGAAAACUCCCUGAGCCUCUCUUCACAAAUGAUAAGUAUGCUGACUUUAUUGAAGCCAAUCGUAAAGAGAAUCCUCUUGAUCGACUGAAAACCUUAAAGAGACUCUAGAUUCACGAUUUGCCCGAGCAUCAUUAUGAAACACUCAAGUUUCUCUCAGCUCAUCUGAAGACAGUGGCAGAAAAUUCAGAAAAAAAUAAGAUGGAGCCAAGAAACCUGGCCAUCAUUUUUGGCCCAGCUCUAGUUCAAACAUCAGAGGAGAAUAUGACACACAUGGUCAUCCACAAGCCAGACCAGUACAAGAUUCCAGAGACACUCAUCCAGCACCAUGACUGGUUUUUCACAGAAGGUGCUGAAGAGCCUCCUACAGCAGUGCAGGAGGAAAACACAGUAGACUCCCAGCCAGUGCCAAACAUAGAUCACUUACUCACCAACACUGGAAGGACAGGCGUGUCCCCUGGAGAUGUAUCAGAUUCAGCUACUAGUGACUCAACAAAAUCUAAGGGUUCUUGGGGAUAUGGGAAGGAUCAGUAUAGCAGGGAACUGCUUGUAUCCUCUGUCUUUGCAGCUGCUAGUCGCAAGAGGAAAAAGCCAAAAGAAAAGGCACAACCCAGUAGCUCUGAAGAUGAAUUGGACAGUGUAUUUUUUAAGAAGGAAAAUGUGGAACAGUGUCAUGGUGAUACUAAAGAAGAGUCCAAAAAGGAAAGUGAGACUUCAGGCAGAAAACAGAGGAUCCUCAUUGCCAAAGAAAGUAGAGCUAAGAAAGAGAGCAGCGCAUCAAAAGAAAAGACGCUGCUGCGCAAAGAGAGCAGCGCAUCUGAGGAGCCGUCGCCGCCCCACAGCUCGAAGCUGAGCAGGUCACCCAGUCUGAGCUGUCGCUUUACCAUACUGAAAGAGAGCCGUAGGUGCUUUCCGAUGCCUCCCACUCCGGAGAGGCUGGGUCUAACUUUGCUCAGCCUGUCCUCCCAGGCUUCUCUGGCAAGGUUUUCCACUAAGUAAUCAACUAGUCCAGAAACGAAACACAGUGAGUUCUUGGUGAAUCUCGGCACCAUCACCUCAGACUAUUUCACGACGUCGUCUACCACAUACGUGACGAGCCUGGACUCCAUCCUCCUCAGCCCUGAGGUGCAGUCCGUGGCGGAAACCAAGGGAGACGAGGCUGACGACUAGCGCAGUGAGCUGAUAAGCGAAGGGUGGCCCGUGGAGACAGACAGUGAGAGCGAGUUUCUCGUUUUCCCCACAGCUUUGGCGUCCGAGAGGCUUUUCCAAGGGAAGCUGCCAGAGGUUACCAAGACAAGCCGGAGAAAUUCCGAAGGAAGCAAAGUGAGUUGUACCGAGGGGAGUUUAACACCCAGUUUAGAUAGCCUCAGGCAGCUCUUUAGUUCACACAAACUUAUUGAAUGUGAUACACUGUCCAGAGAAAAGUCUGCUAGAUUGAAGUCAGACAGUGGAAGUCUGGGAGGCCAAGAGACACCUUGAAUAACUAAAGUGUUUGAUGUCAUGAAGAAAGGAAAAUCCACUGGGAGUCUGCUACCGCCAACCAGAAAUGAAUCUGAAAAGCAGGAACCCACUUGGAAAACAAAAAUAGCAGAUCGGUUAAAACUGAGACCCAGAGCACCUGCUGAUGAUAUGUUUGGACUAGAACAUCAAAAAACAAACCCCGAGACUGCUAAAUGGAAAAACAUCAAACGUCGACACACACUAGGAGGGCACAGAGAUGCUACUGAAAUCAGCGUUCUGAAUUUCUGGAAGGCACAGGAGCACAGUGGGGAGAGAGAAUCUGAACUUUCAGCUGUGAAUCGGUUAAAACCAAAAUGCUCAGCCCAGGACCUCUCAAUCUCAGACUCGCUGGCCGGCGAACCCUGGUGCACCAGUGAGUCUGACCCAAGCCGAGGAAAGACGGGAGAGCCCCCGCCGGAGAAACCUAGCACCGCACAAACACCCGCGACCGACACAUCUUUGUCGUUUCAGCGCGACCCUGGCAGUUCUUCCAAUACCUUGGUUUCAGCCAGUCGGCCCCUUUUUUCCACACCGCCACAGUCACCUGACCAAAUCAAUGGAGAAAGCUUCCAGAAUACGAGCCAGAAUGCCAGUUCUGCAGCUGACGCCCAUCCUCAUAGACUCUCCGAAACCCCCAGCAGUAAGGCACAGUUUCAUCCCUAUCUUUAACCUGGGGCAUGUCCACUCUAGCAAAUACAAAGCUACUGUUACACAUUCCAGUGACUCUGUAAAUAUUUUCUUGUACCAGAAUUGUUAUUAUGCAGCCUUCAUUUGGGCUCGUUUCAUCAUUUUGCACUGUGAAAUAGCUUUACAGUGC